CCAGCUGUAAUUUGAUUUGUCAUGAUGUAAAUCAAGGCAAAAUAAAGCAAGCAGCAAAGUACGCAGUUAAACUUGUGCUAAACAGCAAUAUUACGGCCGUUUCUUGAAAAUGGUGUACAUUUCAAGAAACGGCGCGGUACAGGAAGCCCAACCAUGGGGCGUAGAACGCAUAAAGGGUCUUAUAAUGGGAUUCUUUAACUUCCUGGUGAUGUUUUUCCGCACGAUGCUGGACUUCCAGGGAGGCGGUUCGGGCGGUCGCGAUGCACGACGUGGCGGUGGCAGUGGAGGUGGCAACGAUGGUCCACCGGGAGGACCGCGCCGAAGACCGAUCGGUCGACCGAUGACACUGUCCGAUUGCACCGUACCCGGCGGUGGAUGAGCACGGUAAAGUGCCAAUUCGCUAACGAACGGUUAGCGUUUGGCACCGUAUGCCCCCAACUCACUACCAUCUAGCGAACCUGUUCCGGCCCGUAGGGACACUCCUACGUAUGACGGGCGCGUCCUAAACCUUCGCUAAAAACCAGGCGGAUGCGUCCCGAAGAAUGGGUUGUGCAGGUUUGCAAC